GCCUCCUGUAUGGAUAUGGAGAACACACUUAGAAAAGAUUUUAUUAGUGAUUGUUACCAUCUUGAUAUUAACUGUAGCUGCCCUUGUGCUUGCUCUUACCAUUCCUACCACCAGGAGCUCUUGUGAAACACAUGAUCAGCGACUGACAUAUUGGCCUGAAACUAAACAAGAUUUGGAGUCAACUUUGACCAGUACAAACUUAACAACGAUCUCUGACCUGGCAUCGACCUUAAAGAAAGAAGAUGAAGAAACAGCACCUGAACUGGAAUCUAAAGUGACAGGAACAGAACAAACAACAGUAUUUGGACUGAAAUCCAAAUUAAUAGGUCCAGAUGAAGCAAAAACACUUGAAUUGGAAUCUCAGGUGACAGUAGCAGAACAAACAACAUUUGGACUUGAAUCCAAAGUAGUGGGACCAGAUGAAGCAAAAACACUUGGACUGGAAUCCAAAGUAGUAGGACCAGAUGAAGCAAAAACACUUGGACUAGAAUCCAAAGUAGUAGGACCAUAUGAAGCAAAAACACUUGAACUGGAAUCCGAAGUAGUAGGACCAGAUGAAGCAAAAACACUUGGACUAGAAUCCAAAGUAGUAGGACCAUAUGAAGCAAAAACACUUGAACUGGAAUCCGAAGUAGUAGGACCAGAUGAAGCAAAAACACUUGGACUAGAAUCCGAAGUAGUAGGACUAGAUGAAGCAAAAACACUUGGACUAGAAUCCGAAGUAGUAGGACCAGAUGAAGCAAAAACACUUGGACUAGAAUCCAAAGUAGUAGGACCAGAUGAAGCAAAAACACUUGGACUAGAAUCCAAAGUAGUAGGACCAGAUGAAGCAAAAACACUUGAUCUAGAAUCCAAAGUAAGUAUGAGGAAGCUAAACAACAUAUAAGAUGUGAGGUAAAAUCCUUUUUGGCUUGAUUACGUUCGACUACAUUUGUUGUGAAAAUUACUUUGUCAGAACCGCUAGAAACAAUGUAGAUAGAACUAUUAAGUUUUUCAAUGAUCCAUUCUCGGUCUCUGCAUCCAGUUUUUGACCAAAUUCAACUAGUUUCACAGUUUAUUCUGUUUUAAUUUUUUCGAGGAAUAUUUUUUAUGUGAAUGGUUAUCAAGGUCCAUAAACAUUUUGGAUUGAAAGAUUAUUAUAUUACAUUAUUUUCAGUGUUAUUUUAGGGUUAAUGUAUUGGCAGACUCGGUGCAUCUGCCUUAUAAUUUACUGUUAUUAUGCAAGUCUUCUUACCGUAAAUGGAAGGACACAAACUAAAAGCAUAGAAAAUAGUUAGGAAGUGUAGUGCGUUUUUCAAGUAAAUAAACCGUUUGGAUUAUGAGCCUGCUACUAAAGGUUUUAUACAUGUAAUAGUUUAUAAAUAAACUUUGAACGGAAAAAACAA